UAUAAGCGGGCCGCAGUGUUUUGUUUUUGGCAGCCACCUCACCCCCAUUCCUCUUGCUGCACGGCGGCCCUGCUUCCUCCGGAGCGGUGGGUUAGUCAAACGGCGCAAAGGCUGGAGCUCCUGAGAUAACGACGGGACAUCCCGUUAGACGGAUAUUCUAUAGGCCAGACGUCUUCGGGAGGGUUUCUGCUUCUCCGCAGUGGGGGGUUUCUUCGAGAGUUUUCUGACUGUUUUCAUCCUGAGCGCUCCGUUGUCAGCCAUUCAAAGAAACGAAAAUGGUCCAGAAUAAAAUCACCGAAGUAACCGGAUUUCACAGAUCCUUCAAGGGUCAGAACCCCUUUGAUUCUGAAUUCAGUAAAGCUAAUGCCCACUUCCUUGGCUCAACCUUCGAUUUGGAUUCCCCUGAAAGACCAGAAAUGCCUGCCAGUCAGCCAAUUGACAUUCCAGAUGCUAAAAGGCGGAAUAGGAAGAAGAAAAGGAGCAGGGCGACUGAUAGCUUCACAGGCCGAUUUGAAGAUGUAUACAAGCUGCAGGAUGAGGUGCUGGGGGAGGGGGCUUAUGCCAGGGUCCAGACCUGUGUCAACUUAAUCACCAGCAAGGAAUAUGCUGUUAAGAUUAUUGAGAAGCGACCAGGGCAUAGUCGCAGUCGUGUCUUCAGGGAGGUGGAGAUGCUCUACCAGUGCCAGGGCCACAGAAACAUUUUGGAGUUAGUGGAAUUCUUUGAGGAAGAGGAUAAAUUUUACCUUGUGUUUGAAAAACUCAGGGGAGGCUCCAUAUUGAAUCACAUCCACAAAAGACGCCACUUCAGUGAGCAGGAGGCCAGUGUUGUGGUGCAGAACAUCGCCAGUGCACUUGACUUCCUGCAUACCAAAGGUAAGUUCAGUACCCCUUCUAAGGUAGACGCGUAUUGGCGAUUCCGUACCUUGUCUGUACCAGAGUACAGUUACAUGCUGCACGUCUUACCGUCCUUUUCUGUUUCAAAAGGAAUGGCACACAGAGACCUCAAGCCUGAAAAUAUCUUGUGUGAGCAUGAGGACAGAAUCACGCUUGUGAAGAUUUGUGAUUUUGACCUAGGCAGUGGCAUUAAGUUGAACAGUGACAGCUCCCCUAUAUCAACACCAGAGCUUCUUACUCCGUGUGGCUCGGCAGAAUACAUGGCCCCUGAGGUAGUGGAGGCCUUCAGCGAGGAAGCCAGCAUCUACGACAAACGCUGCGACUUGUGGAGCCUUGGGGUCAUCCUCUACAUCAUGCUGAGUGGCUAUCCGCCGUUCGUGGGCCGCUGCGGGGGUGACUGCGGAUGGGACUGGGGUGAGCCCUGUCAAGCCUGCCAGAACAUGCUGUUUGAGAGCAUCCAGGAAGGGAAGUACGAGUUCCCUGAGAAGGACUGGGCUCACGUCUCCUCUAGUGCCAAAGACCUCAUUUCCAAGCUUCUGGUGCGGGACGCCAAGAACCGUUUGAGUGCUGCUCAGGUGCUACAGCAUUCAUGGGUGCAGGGGUGCGCUCCCAAUGCUUUGCCUACAUCCAUACUACUUCAGAGAAGAAGCAGUGCCAAGGAUCUGACACUGUUUGCAGGGAAGGCAGUGGCCAUGAACCGGCAGCUAGCCGAACAGGAAGAGACAAAGGAGGAACACGAGCGCCCCCUGGUGGUGACUGCAAGCUCUAGCACCAUGCGUCUUUCCCCACCCUCCAGCUCCAAGCUGGCCAAGCGGAGGCAGAGGAGCGGUCUGCUGAAGCAGGAUCCCGUCUCUGCCUCUGAGCUGCACCAGCUCCUUGCUCCUCUGGUCAUCGUGGGGGACUGUGCCUAGUCCAGUGUGCUCAUCCUACUUCUGCUCAGGGUUUUUCAUGAGCCCCGUGGUCACCUUGCCAGAGCUCAGUCCAUCUACCCUACCCUCCCCUCCCCCCUGCACCCCCCAGCCUUCUUCCUGCAGGAGGAGAUGGGAGCAACUUGUGUGACCUCCAGUUGUUUUUUGGUUUUUUGUGCAAUUAGUGGCAUAAAGUGAGCUCACCGCCAAAGGACUACCUGUCACUUUGUCUACAUGUGCUACAACUGGACCCACUGUGAAUUUCAUUAGACAGAAUAUCGACCCCUCUCUUGCUUGUAUGUGUGUGGGUACUGCUGUUUGAUCAGUGACAAGCUUAUGCAAUUGCAGCAAUGAAGGCAACUAUGUAACCAGCAUUGAAUUGAACCAUCUGGCAGUCAGUGAUGCCAGACUGUCUAGCGCCAUCUGUUGCUGGGUUCCCUUAAGUGAACUUACCAGUGUAUUUUUAAUAUUCACUCUGCAGUGGGUCAGUAUGCACAUGACCUGUGCUUUCCUAGAAGAAAAUGUCCAAUAGAAAACCACCCCAAUCCAACAAAGGUUUCAUAAAGGGUUUUUAAACCCUCAAGUGUCGUCCAUAUUGGGUUCUGACCUGGACCAGCAACAACUGCACCUUAACACUAUUUUGUUUUUGUGGUUGGUUGCAUUUCAAAGGUAAUACUUGAUUUUCCAAAGUGUUGGAGAAGCUAAAGUGGGAGCUUCACUGAGCAUGUAAGCCAUAUGCUGUUGGGAAGAAUAAAUAUGUAGCGGUUCCUGAAUUCAUUGUGCACCGAAUGUCACAUGACAUCGUUUAUUGAGUUAGUAUUGCCCUGGGUGGGUUCUCAUAUGAUCCAAGACGGACAAUAUCAACACAUACGUUUGCUAAUUAGGCUUUUCCGAAAGGUCAGGGGGAAAGGAGAUGCCCUCUGGCGGAAGGCAACAAUGUCUGUUUAGCGAAAUGUCAGAACAUUUCUAACGAACGCGUCGGUUUUUGGAAACUGAAAAAAAAUUUAAAAGCAGACGUUUGAGAACUGAGUAUUUAAAUAAUGCUCACGAAUAGGGGAGGAAAAUCAUUCCAGGAGUCUUCCAAAGAAAUGUCUUAAUAUGUAAGUAGAUGGAAUUACAUAUUUGGAUCUCCGUCUAAGCUGUGCCAUUUGUUAAGCUUUUUUGUUGGUGUACAAACCGGUGCUGGUAAUUGAUCUUUUUAUGUUCACAUUGAAUUGUAUUUAGUGGUUAUGAUGGCAAAGCAUUUGUGUUAAAAUGUGAGACAGUGGAGAUGAAUCUGUAGAAGUAUGGCAGCAAAAAAAAAACAAUCUAGAAAAUUAAGCUCAAUUUCUUUCUUUGGUUUCAUUUAAAGCUGAGCAGUGACUAUUUCGCUCCAUCUUAUUCUGGCAGUGUGUAAUUUCAGUUAGAUGUGGUAACCUAAAAAUUAAUAAUCGUUGCAAAUAUAUUUUUAUAAUAGCUGUAGUCGGAAUCAACUUAACCCUGAAUUUUGCUGUUAAAUUCGCUGCCAUGGGACAAAAUUUGGCCCAAACAACUUUCUGAACGGUGGUUGCCCAGAUGUUUCCCGCGUAAUGUGGUGCUCGAAGGAAGAAAAGCAGGUUAGUUUUGGCUGGGAAGUGGUUGAUGCUGGCAGCUGUAAUCCCUGAUCUUUCUACAAAUGCAUUUAUGGUGUUUGUCUUAUAGUAAGACUUGAUCUGUACAUACAUCUUUGUUUCCCUUUGUUUUGUUUGGAGGAGUCACCAUUCAGCAAAUUUAAAGUGAAAACAAGGCCCAAGUUGAAUGGUCUUUGGUUUUGAAAAGACAUUUUUAUAAAAAUUUUUUUUUUUUUUUUUAAUUCAACCCUGAAAUCCCCCUUGGUGCGUAAAUGUCAGGAUUUGAUAGCAUUAUCCAUUCACUGUUCUGCAUGCUACCUCUGUCAUAGAGGUCUCUGUGUUACUCUUGGUCCUAAACAUUUAGGCACUAGCACGGGUAUGAAAUCCAAUCUUUUCACAUCUCAUUUUCUAUGCAGAGUAGCACUAUUCGAGAUCUUCUGACAACUGGGUCAACUGACAGUGGUCUCAGGUUAAAAACUGGUAUUGUUUUUCAUUCAUAAAUUCUGUGAUUUCAGGUUUGCUUUCCAAAGCAGCGGAAGAGUGUGACAUCUGCUUUAGCAUGUCCCUGAAACUGGCAUUUACCAACUGCCACACUAAAGGGGGAUCAGUGUGUGGUUGGGUUUUUUUCCUUUAAAAAUGAAAUGUGAAUUCUACCUGUUGCUGACCAGUCCUGAUGUUUCCAUGUUUUCUUGUUUAAGGUCUUUUGUUAGCACUGUUUAGAAUUUUUCUUUUUUUUUUUUGGUUUGUUCUUGAGCCCCAAAACACUUAAGGGGCAAGUUUGAGAGAGAAACCCAACAAACUUUACUGAUUAUUUAUAAAAGCACUUUACUGUACCACAUGACAAAUUGCAGUUAAAGUAAAAUUUCAUAAGACUGUUCUAGAAUUUUGUACCAUUUUCUAAAAAAAAAAUUAAAAAAAUCAAACUGA